GUUUAUCUGGUGCCUCAUAUCACAUUCUCUUCAGUUGUUUUUUUUUUUUUUCUAUGACCUUUGACCAAUUUUCCUGAUAUUAGAAGUUGACUUCCUGGUGUUCGAUGCCAGUUCCUUCAGGUCGCCCUGGCAUCGAGCUCCGCCAUGCACUGGAGGCUCCCGAGACGCCUGGCAGGGAAGAAGAGCAUGCAGGCGACCGAGAGAGAUGCCGCCUCUGCCGGGGACACGGGCUGGUCGGAGGGCAUGCCAACCAUGACGGAGUCUCGGCCGGGAUCUCCUCAAGUCGCCAGCAAGUCGCAAGCCUUUGAUCUCUUCAACCUGGUCGUCUCCUACAAGAGGAUCGAGGUCUACCUGGAGCCGGUCAGAGACGCCUGGGAUACGGUCAAGUACCUGCUGAGAUGGCAAACGCCAAUUGUUUCCCUUCUCACCUGUUUUCUGGUGAAUAUUUUGCUGCUCACGUUAAAUGAAGUCGCCUGGUUCUCGGUGGGCGCUCUAGUGGUCUCCAUCCCGGCCCUUAUUGGUUACCUGCAGGAGUUGUCGCACACCAGUAUCCCCGAGCCAGAGCUGGCCAGAAGGAAAUACUACAGUGUGCGUCGCGAGGAACUGAAGAAAGUGAAGCUCACCCGCCAAGAAGCAGUGGCAGAGUUCAAGAGCUUCCUUAUUCAUCUGGAGGCUAUCCUCAAUCUGAUCUGUGGCACUUGUGAGAAAGUCUAUCAGGUCGUGUACUGGCAGAAUCCUUCCGCCUCAAUUCAGUUUUAUGGAUUAUUACUGGGCUCGGUUUGCAUUCUUUAUCUCCUGCCCUUGUGUUGGGUUUUGGUGAUUGUAAACAGUGCUGUGUUCUUGAGGAACUCCGACUUCUACAGAGUUGUUGCAGAAUGUAAAGCAUCUUUGCAGCAGAAAGGCGUCAGCGAGACUGCUUCAUUAGAACCAGCGCAAGCAUCACAAGAGGUCGAAAAUGUAACGGUUGUGGAUCGGACCCCUACCCCGGUACUAACAAAUUUGGAGGAUCUCUCUCCAGGGAGUGUCGAAGAAGCUGAAGAAGCAGAACCUGAUGAGGAAUUUAAAGAUGCAAUAGAGGAGCAACAUCUGAUGACCAUGGUGAGUGGUGGACGUGUAAUGCAGAGAGAUCUUACGGACUCCGCUGAUCUGUUACAUGGCCUCCUCCCCAAAGAUUUCUCUCAUUCUCUCCCUCAGGAGGAUGAUGAUGUGUCCCAGUGCCCGUCCGAGUAUGAACUGAACAUGCAGGACAACGGUUUCCUUAGCAGAAAUGAUGUCAAAAGUAAAGUAUCCAAACUGACCGAGAGGCUACGCAAGAGAUAUCCUGCUAAUAAUCUGGGUACAUGUACUGGAUGCAAUGCAAAUUUUUCAGUACUGAAGAAGAGGAGAAGCUGCAGUAACUGUGGCAAUAGCUUCUGUUCGCGGUGCUGUUCCUUCAAAGUCCCAAAAUCUGUGAUGGGGGCUACAGCUCCGGAUGCACAAAGAGAAACUGUAUUUGUUUGUUCCCUUUGCUACCAAGCAUUAUGUAAAUAGGAUUUGACUCUUCCCUAUGGACAAGAAUGGGAAGGUCCUCUACAUCUGAAGAGGAUACAGGACAUAUCCAUACAGAUGCCAACUCCGAGUGGUGUCACCAUGGCCUCCCCGUGUUCGGUAGCUGUGGCAUCAUAUGUCCUGUACAUGGCCUCUAUAACUAUGUAAAUGUCUAUUGGGUCUACGCAGAAGCCAUAACAGUGGCUCAGAAAUCAACUACUAGCUAUAUAUACACCCAAACCUUUGCAUGGGCGAACAUAUCAUAGAGGCGUCCCCAUUCAUAAUGGCUCCACAUUCCUUCAUCAUGGACAGUAUUAAUCUCCUGGGGAUGCCCUCAACAAAAAAAAAAGGAAGACUAAUUCAAGGACUAUCCAGCAUGGGAUAUACAGUAGACGGCCUUGACUCCAUAUGCCACCAUGGUUUUCUCGGGUGUGGUUAAUACACUUGGUUUGCCAUGAUUGGCGCUAUUUGUUCACUGCUACUGCAAAUCCUUUAAGUCUCUGUUCACAUUUGCAUUAUAGCUUCUGUUCAUAGUGAAGACCAUGACGCGCUGCUGGAUCCUAACGGACCCCAUAGACACAUAAGGUGGUCUGUCAGGUUUCUGUCAUCUUAAAGGUUGUACAAUGAAAAAUAACUUAUCCACAGGAUAGGGGAGAUAAGCAUCUGAUGGCGGGCCCAUGGUGAUCUCCAGAACGGGGCCCCGCUGCAGACAGAACAAGCUCCAUUGACUUCUAUGGGAGUGUUGAAAAUACCGGAGUGCAGCACUUGGGCAUCUCUGGUGCUCCCAUAGAAAUCUGCAUAAUUGGGGAUAAGUUUUAGAUCCCGGGGAUUGGUGGACCAACCGUUGGGGCUCCCUGUGAUCUCCUGUACGGAGGCCCAGCUCUCCGCGUCACGACCCCCUGCCCGAAGCGAGGGUUGCCAUGCCUCCUCCAUAUAUCUCUAUGGGAGAGCCGAAGAUUGCCGAAUAGCUCCCUCAUAUGGAGGGGACAUGGCGGCCCCAGCUUCUGGCAGGGGUCGUGAUGAGCUGCUCUGGGGGAUAGCCAGGGCCCCGUACAGGAAAAUGUCGGAGGCCCCAGCGGUUGGACCCGCGUAAUCUAAAAAUGUAUCCAUUAAAGGAGAAGUCUUAUGCCUGAAAUGGCAGAAAAACGUAUCCGCCAUCCGCAGGAUAGGGGAUACGUUUUUCUGUAAUUUCAGGCAUGAGACUUCUCCUUUAAUGGACCAUAUGCCAUGUGGUUGGACCCCUCGUGAUCAGAUACAUUUCCCUUACCCUAUGCAAGAAAAAUGAAUAAACUAGCCAUACACAGUAAUUAAAGCCAUUCUGGACCAUGGGACCAUUGCCUUACGGGAGAAGGGAAGUAACAAUGUCUAUACACAUUUUGAUGAUCAUAACGUGUAUUAUCACUUUAGGGUUCUUAGGGAAAUGUGAGCUUUUUAUUGCUAAAAUGUAUUUAAAGGGGUACUCCGCUACUCAGCCGGUGCCGAGAGCUUGCAACGUCUUAGUCCCGUCCC